AUGUUUUAUUUGAAUACUAAGUUAAAUAUAAAAAAUUGUGGUAAUAAUGAGAAUAAGGUGGAUCAAUCUUACAUGAAUGUAAGAAAAGUAAAUUCGGAACAUGCUCGAUAUAAUUUAGGUAAAACAAUAUAUACAAAAAUGAAUAAUAACUAUAUAAUAAAUGAAGACAGAAAUAAUGUAGUAUUAAAUAAGUAUUUAAAAAAUGCUAAUUUAUUGAACAAUAUAAAUGACCAAGCAAAUGUGAGUUAUGGAAUAAAAGGUAAAUUACCUAUCUUAUAUGCAAGAACAAGUAGUCCAAUUAAAAUUAAUGGAGGAUAUCCAAUAUAUAAAAAUGGCAAUGUUUAUUAUUAUAAAGAGAAUAUUCCAUUUAAAAAAAGAAUGUGUAAUAGUGUAGAAAUUGCUACAUUAAAUAAUAUAAAUACAGAAAAUGAGUAUUUACAAAAUAAUAAAAUAAAUAACAGUUUCAUAAAGUUUCCAAAUAAUUUAAAAUCAAAUAACAGUUUUAAUGAUGAACAAAAAAAAAUUAUUGAAAAAAUGCAAGAGCAAGAAUAUUUACCCCAAAAAAAUAAAUGUGCAGCGAAUUUAAAAAGAAGCAUGAGUAUUUACACAGUUCUAAAUAAUGGAGACAUAAAUAAUAAUAAAAAUACGAAUUAUUAUUACAACAAUAAUAAUAAUUAUAUUUGUAAAAAUAUACCAGAAUUAUACUCAAAAAAAAAAGCUAGUAUAAACACAAAAAAGACAAUGAAGAAUUGUUUUGAAAUUGUUAAAAGUAAAUAUGAUGAAAUGCAUAAUAAAAAUGUAAUUGAUGAAAAAAAUAAAUAUAUACCUCCUCAUAAUUAUAAUAUAUCUCUAAUUAAUGGCACCAAAGUUUGUGCAAAUAAUAUAGGGAGAAAUCAGAUUAAGCAUUGUAAUAGUAUGCUAUUAAAUAAUUCUAUAAAAAAUGAUACACAAAACAUAAAUUUAUGGAGGGAAGAACAAAUUGAUGUUCCUAAUGGAAUAGUUAAAUCACACACACUAACAAAAUUUCCAGUAGGCUCAAGUAUAUAUCAUAAAACUCGGGCCCCUAAUAUAAGGCAAUAUGGAAGUAUGCCUCAAUUUGAAAAUCCUGGGGAAUUGGUUCAGUUAAAAACCCUUAAUUCCUUCGAUACACAGGAAAAUAACAAAAAUAAUAAUGAAGAAUUGGUUAAAGAGUCAGAAUAUUUAUCACAACAAAAUAGUAGCAUAAAUGAUGGGAAUGCUGGAUAUUAUCCUCUUAGGAAUAAUAGUCUUCCUUGUAAUAAAAACGAGAAAGAAAGAAGUAAUAUCUGCAAUUUAAGUUGUAUGAAUUCUAAAUAUAUAAGUUAUGAGAAUGUUGGAAAUGGAAUUAUUCAAAAUCAAGAAAAAAUUGUACCAACGGUUGAGUCAAAAAUUGUGCAAGACACUUUUAAUCAAAAUAAUUGUAAUGAGGUAAAAGAUGUUAAAGGAGAAGAAAAAGUAAAUAAUCCAACUAAUUCGAGAAGCGGAAUAAAUAUAGACGGGUUAAAGGGAUGUAUACUUGGGAAUAUGAACAAAUCAAAUGAUGAAAUUCAAGAAGUUACUCUCAAUUCUAUUGAUAAUAUUAGUAAAGAGGAAAAUGAAACAUCUGAAAAAUGUUGUAAUAUCAGUGAAGUGAAAAAAAGUUCAAUUCCUAAAAUAGAGGAGAGCGGGAUUGAUAAUAGUAGUGAAUGCAUCCAUAAUAACAAUGCAGAAAAUUGUGAUUUAAAAAGGGAGCAUGAAAAAAAAACAAAACUGAACAAAAGAAAAAGUUCAAAUAAAGAAAGUAUAAAUUUUAAAGACGAAUUGAGCCCCAACCAUAUUAUGGAAUUACUUAAAAUUUUUGAAAAAUUAAAAAGAUCAAAAACAUAUAAAUUCAGCAUUGAUAAAUUUUUAUUACAAGAAAAUGGGUAUGAAAAAAUUAUAAAAUAUAUAGAAAAAAAUGAAUAUAAAAGAGGAAGUAGUUUGAAUACUUCAGCAUAUGAAAGUGAUAAUAAUAGCAGAUCUAACGAUGGGAAAUAUUCUGAAAGCAAUUUAUAUAAUGUAGGAAAAAGAAAUAAUGUAGACAAUAAGAAUGACAACCAUUUUGAUGAAGGGUUAAAAUGUAAAACGAAUAAGUCUAAUUCUAAAGUUGAUAAGAAUAUUGUGAAAUCAUUGGAAACAAUAUAUAAAGUAAAAAAUUGUUUAUAUACUCUUGGGAUAUCAUUUAAUGAAGUAAUUAAUUUAGAUAAGAUAAAAAAUAUUUUUUGGUAUUUAUAUAUAAAGCAUAAGCUGUCUAAAAAAAUAAGUAUAUCAGAAUUUUGUGAAAUGCUAAAUUAUAAGAUAGAUGAAAAUAUGAAUAAAAAUUAUUUUAAAGAAUAUGUAAAUUAUGAAAUAUUUAAAAAACAUAAUCGUGAGAAUUUUGAAAAUUUUGGUAAUAAAAUUCAGGUUUUAGAAAGUUUGUUUUAUUUACUAAAAUCGUAUCCUAUAAAUUAUGAUGAAAAUAAAGGUUGUUUUUAUAUGCUAAAUCCAGAAAAAAAUAAAAUGUAUAAAAAUUAUAAAUAUAACACAGAUAGAAAUAAGAUGAGCAUUAUAAAAUUAACAAAUGAAGUAACUGAAAAUUUUAAAAAUAGUUUUUUCUUUCUUGAUAAAAUAUUUAUACCUAAAGAUGCAUUUUUUUUCGUAAAAGAUUCAGAAGAUGUAGGAAUACGAAACAACAAAAAUAAGCCAGUAUAUGUUCAUCAUGCUUUGGUAAAUGAUUUAAAAGAAGAAAUGGGAGAACAAACAGUUUUUGAUAGUUUAUAUUCAUGUGAGCCUCCAUAUAAAUCGGAUUAUUAUAGAUACAUACAGAAAAAAAGAAUACAAAAUAAAAUUCGAAAAUUUAAAGAGUAUAUACUUAAUUAUUAUGAAUUUGAUUCUGUAGAAGAUUUUUUUGAAACUUUGCUUGUAUUUGAUGUAGAACAUAAAAAAUUAAUUAGCAUGUUAAGUAAUAAUAAAACUGAUGAUUUCAUGAGCCUAUUAAAUAAUAAUUAUAAUAAAUAUGUAAGUUUAUGUUUUAACAUAACAAAAAAUAUAUAUGAACAAUACAGAUCGUUAGUAGAUUCAAAUGAUGAUAAUACUCUUAAGAAGGAAAAUGAAAUAAAUAAUUUGGAAGUAAAAGAAAAUGGAUAUAAUGUAGAAUAUUUCAAUUUAGACAGUGCUGAGACUGUAAAAGUUAAAAUGGAUAACAAAAGAAAAAAUACAAAAACGGAUUGGUCAACCAUAGAAUCUCAAAUAGGUACAACCGAUAGUUGUAACAGUGAUGAACAUAUAGCAAGGGCCAAUACUUAUAUUAAUAUUGAUAAGAUGGAUAAAAAAAAUGAUGAAACAAUUGAAGAGAUGUCGAUUAUGUAUGAAGAAUUUUUUAAUUUUGGUAAUACUAGAAAGAAAGUAAAAGAAAUAAAUAUAGAUACAUUUAAAAUGUUUAUUGAAAAUUUAGGAAAAUUAAAAGGGUUUCUCAAUUUUGCAUCUAUUAAUGAAUGUUUUCUUGGCAUAUGUUUUUGUGAUCCAGAUUUACCUAAACAUAUAUUUAACCAAAAAAAUAUAUUACCCAAAAAUAUGAACUUUAAUGGUUUUAUGAAUUGCAUGAGAUAUAUACCAUAUGUAAUUCCUGAUUUCCCAUUACCAACAAGCUACUUUAAAAAUAAAUAUAAUAACAUAGAUGUAUUUAAUUCAAGAAAUCAAUUUUUAAAUAUAUUAAAAUAUAAAGGGUGUAAAAAAGAAACUAUAUAUUUAAGAAACCAAAUAGUUUUAGAUAUUAUAAAGCUAUUUGUUUUAAUAUCUUGGAAUUUUGGUGUUAAUACCGAAGAAUUUAAUGAAGCGGUUGGUUUAGAACAAAAUAAGCUAGUUGAUAUGGUUAGUUCGUCUUAUUACAUAAAUUAUAAGUAUUCUUUGAAAAAAAAAGAAAAAAAAAUAAAUAAAAAUAACGGAGAAAAGACAAAGUCAGAAAGCAGAAUAGAUGAUUUGUAUACUACUAGUAGUAGUGAAAGUAUUACGGAUAGCGAACAAAGUGAAGAGAUGCAUAGCAAUACUUGCAAUUUAUUUGAUGUAAAAGGUAUGAAAAUAAAAAAUUCGAAGCAUAGUAGCUAUAUAGAAAGAGGGGAUACAAAAAAUUAUAAAAACCCUUCUGAUUGCAUAAAAGAUUCGAAUGAAUGGAAUAUAUUAUUUGAAGAAUUAUUAAAAAAAGGAGAAAAUAAAAAAAUGACAUAUAAAGUAAUACCAAAAUGGCAUGCAUCGAAUGAUAUAUUUUUAUCACGACUAGUAUCUUAUGAUGAAAUACAAAUAGGUUUAUAUGAAUUAUAUCCAUUAUUUAUGAUACAGACAUCUUUAAUUUAUAUGAUUCAUAUAUCAUGUUGUAUGAUUACAGAAGAUGAAUGGAAAUAUUUCUUUGAAGACAGUUUUACAUUAUAUAAAAAAUUGCAACCUGAAGAAAUAGCUAUGAGAUAUAUUAAAAAUAAGGGGUAUAAAUUUUAUAAAUUAAAAAAUGUUCAUCUAAAUGAAUCUAUUGAUAUACAUAAUGCUUUUAUGAAGAUACCAGAAAAUAUGAAAUGUCCAGAGGUGCGUAAAUUAGCUAUAAAUGGUGAAAAUACAGCUAGCGGUUAUUUAGCUGAGCCUUUUGAUAUUUAUCAUUUAAUGUUUAUCUCGAAAGUUUUUUGGUAUAUUUUUACUUACUCUGACAAUUUUCUUAUUUUAAGAUCUGUAUUGUUAAGAAAUUGUAAGAAUAAAAAAAAAUAG